UAGGCUCUCAGCCCUGCCAGGCGCGUGUCAUCGAGCGGUAUGAUACUGCAGCUUGAGCGCAUGUUCACCCCCCUGCCUUGGAGAAUCAAUCUAUAUCUCUGGACUGACAGCGCGCGCACCCUCUGCAACAUACUCACGUCUGCUCAUUCGUGGCCUCGUACAUGCGUGCCUUCCAGAGACUACAUGUAGAGCCGUCCCAAUGUCGAGCGAGUCCCAGGUCCAACUUGUCAAUGGCCGCUACUUGGAUGAUGGCGUGACCACGGGAGCGUCCAAAGUUCCCAAGAGGAAAAGAACGUAUCAUCACAAGGUGCGCACCGGGUGCCUUACUUGCAAGAUCCGGCGUGUUCGAUGUGACGAGGAGAAGCCGGCGUGCAAGAGAUGUACGUCAACGGGACGCACCUGCGACGGGUACCUGAACACCAAGCCCGUGCUGGUGGCGCGGGAUUCUUCGAAUGACUUGUCUGCCAAGAGGCGCGUCUCUCCGGAUCUGCAAUAUGCAACUAGCGCAACCUACGCCGGAAGGGGACCGGGCAUGGCACCCGAAAGUGUCGGUGGAGAUGCCCGGCUCUUGUUACCCAAGCUCGAUCCAUCUGAGCUUCGAAGUUAUCGAUACUAUGUUGAGGUUGUGGGCCCCUCGCUAUCGGGCUUCUUCGACGCAGACUUCUGGCUCGUCGAGGUGCUGAGGGUCUGCCACUCGGACGCUUCCAUCUGGCAUGCGAUAGUCAGUCUCGGCGCAACCUACGAGUGCCAGCGAGAUCCCAAGGCCCUUUCCAGUCUUUCUCGGUUUGCUCUUCAACAGUUCAACUCAGCAAUCCACUGUCUAAUGGAGCCAAAUUCGCCUCGGCAUGCAGACAGGGGUAGGGCAUUGACCGUGAGCACCAUCUUUGCAGGCAUCUCGAGCAUACAAGGGCAGCACAAACAAGCAGCUAUGCAUGUCGAGGGAGGCUGCAAGAUGUUGCAGGAACUGGAAGGCGACGAACUGAACCCCGUCACAAAGAACAAUCAAAACUUGAAGAAGACAUUGACAGAGCUGGAGUCGCUACCUAUUGCCAUUGCACCCAUGCGGAAUAUCCUCAUGAAGAUCGACUUGAUGCACAAGGCUCUGCAGCAUGGUGGAGUUGCCGGCGUUAUGCCAACCUCGCAGGUCAUGAAGAACAGCAUUUUCCGUGUUUGGCGGUCGUACGAAGCCCCACAACCCUCGAAAGGAGUGCAUUCAACCCUCACACCAGAAGAUAUCAUCAUGGCCAGCCGCGCUGGCGAGUCGCUAAUGAACGGGCUGGUGUUCGCCAUGCAACAGCAGGUUGAAGAUAUGGCCCAGUUGAUGCUCGGACAAGGGGACAGGCGUAAUGAAAUCCACCGCAUCAACGUCAGCCAAAGGCCUCAUGCCCGGGCGUAUAAAGAGCUGAAGAAGGCAUUGGCGGUGUUCGAGCACGAGCUGAACAAAGAACACUGUGGCUCGGCACGAGCAUCGAGGACGGCCUUGCGCAAUGGCACGACACCACUCAAAAUGUUUCUGGCUAUAUGUCGCAUGAUAUUCUUGACUGAUCCCGAGGAGCCCGAUCCAGUCAAGCGAGCCAUGAACUAUCCCAACCUGUGUCACGAGAUCAUCGCCGAUGCCGAGACGGUGUGGUCCAUGGACGACACCUAUAUCGACAUGGGCGGCCGGAGCAUUCCACUGACCCCCAAGUCCACGAUUCUCGAUGCUCUGUUCAUGGUCGCUAUCGGAGGUUCUUCGAUCCGUGUGCGUCGCCGGGCUGCCGCUCGGAUGCGGUCCAUGCACACCAAGCCGGAAGGGCUUUUCCACACGGUCAUGGCAGCGAACCUGGCAGACUUGGUCACGACCCGGGAGAUCGCAGCCUAUCAGACAUGGCUUCGCCAGCAAAGGCUCAAACAGUCAGAGGCAAGUGAAGAUGGGUCUGGUGCUAGUGACCAAGAACCUCCCGACAUUGGGGAGAUUGACGAGGACACUUCUGUUCCGCCGCCACAUCGUCUUCGCAACAUGUCCAUGGAUUUCCCCGGGACAAAGAAGGCGCGUGUUAGACUACAGACAUGGAGAGAGUAUGCUGCUGGCGAACCCGGGGUAUUCCUUAUGAUGGACUGGUGAUUCGAAUGCUGUGCAAGAUAGUGAUGGACGGGAUAUCGGAGGCAAAUACCUCACAUUCUUUACAGGUAUACUUGCAACUAGCCAUAGAAACGAUCUCCACUUCAUUGUUGUGGCGUACCUUGCAAGUCUGUUGGAGCCCACUUAUAAGAAGAUUCUUCUUUUUGAGGGCAGACAUGCGACAUCAAGAGGCUACCAAAGCAACAGUUCG